CUCUCCUUCCAGAGGACAAUCGCUACAUCAAAAAUUCCCCACCGACAAAUACUCUCUUCAGCCACCACGUGCCGAGACAGUCCCAUGGCCGCCCGUGGAUCGCGCCGCCGGUGAAAUGGAUUCCCGAGGUAGUUCUUCACAGGCAACCUUGGGCCGAACCCGACCACCGCAGUCCAAGCGAGCACAACAAACGUGUAGCGCAGUCGAGGAGGACUACGCUCUCCUUACCUUCCCCCCCUCCCGUGCUUGCAGCCUCAAAGUGCAUCUUCUCGAGUCGCAACCACUCCAAGUGAAGAGUGUGGAGUAAACAUGAAAAUUUCACUGAUUUAUAUGGGGCAUGGAGGAGCCAGUGGGUGAUAUACUUAACACCAACGGGUGUGGAUAUACUCAGUGUUCUACCUACUUUAGGGUAAUGCCUGUGUUACCCUCUCAGGAUGUAAAGUGAAGUUCGUGGAAACCAGCGCGCGGGUUCAUCAGAAGGCAGAGUGUUGGGAAGAGAAAGAGGUCCUCGAGAAGUAAGAUGGAUCGUAGAGAGGACAGAGGGAGAGGAGGCGCGAGAGGCCAAGAGGACGAGUGAGAGGUUUGCCACGAGAGGCGUCUUGGGGCGCCAGGAUGCACUUUUGGAUGGACAAGCGGACCGUCUGCGGCCAGCUCCGUGCCCCGCCCCUCUGGUCUCCGCGACCCUACUUCCCUAAGCCACGCCACGCCCAUGUCACGCCCCCGCAAAGAUUUCAUCGCUUUGACUCCAUGCUGAUAGACUCUCGGCCUCGCAGUGAGGGCCGCUGCACCCGCUGUUCCCGCACAGGCCCCGCCAUGGGCUCCUCCUCGCACACGCCCUCCGACGACGAUGACGACCUGGCCGCCCGCGCCCACCUGGCAGACUCUGCCCUCGGCACCUCCGCCCCGGGGGAGGAGGUGCGCCUCACGCGCCUUAACGUCCCCACAGACAGCUCCUCCCGCAGGACGUCCGCCAACUCCUCGUCCAUGUACUCCCGCACGCCCGACAACUUCAACCUGUUCCGCAUGGGCGGGAUCAACUGGUGCGUGUGGAUGGCCUUCGUCAUCAUCACGCUGCUGCUCGUGCCCGCUCACCUUUAUCUCAAGAACUUCGACUACAGAGGAGAGCUCAUUGGGAUAUUCUUUGUGAUCAUUCUGCUUUUCCUCGUGUGUUUCUCCGUGUCCCUGUUCCACACGAAGACCCGCGCCAUCCUCCUGCACCGGCUCAACCUCGAGGACGACGCGCGCAGCUGUCCCAUGGACUCGGAGACCGCGUCGCCCGCCCGCCGCCGUCCCUUCUUCCCGGGCAACGCAGCGCACAGCCGCCUGGCCCGCCACGCCGCCCGCUCGCCCGUGCGCGUGUCGAGGUCCACGCCCGACCUGCUCAUCAACGGACAGACUGCGGACGCCGCGGCUCGGUCCCUCGCCCAGGAGGCGCGGAGGAACCACCACGCCAGCAGGAGUGUGAGGAGAGGAGAGCCCCCGGACGGCACCGGCGACCCGCCCCCGUACCACGUGGCCAUCAUGCUGCCGGCGCCCACGCACUCCUCGCCCGUGCGCAACUGCGAGACUCCGCCGCCCGCCUACGAGGUCGUCCAGUGAUCUAGGGACGCAAGGGACGCUGGAGUCGGUGGGGCAAGUGGGUAUCGAAUGCGUUAUAUUUUAUAGUGAACUGAAGGCUUUGAUAUGACUGAGAACAAAAAAAUCCAGGAUUGUUGAAUAAAAUAUAUACAUCAAAGAAAACAUAUACUUCCUGUCUCUUGUGAUAUUAUAUGCUGUUACUACUCCGUCUUGCAGUAAUCAGACAAGGCUUUGAUACGAAACACAAUCCUCACGAACAUACCUAGAAUUCGAGUGAAUAUAACAACAAAAUCCUUCAGUGAUGUUUAGCCGUUGAUAGGCCUACAGUGUUUCGGUAGACUUUUUUGCAACCUAAAUAUCUGUAGUUAACCCAUAGGUAUUUGCUAUAGUAGCCUUAAGUUCUUGCAUAUCACAGUGCAAGAGAAGCAAAUAACUGAAACAGAGUAACGUGUAGUGAAACGGAUUCUUCAGAUGGAUGUGUUGAGACAAAAUGCUGUAUUUGUGAGUAGUCACCAGGUUCGUCUCGUCUUAAAGAUUUGGUUCCCUGCAGUAUUAUCCCCAUUUGUUAACCUCCCCGAGGUCUGUGAUGACUUAUACAAUAAAUUGCUAUCAGCUCAAUAUGUAAAAGUUCAAAACGAGAUAUCGUCAUGAAAUAAAGACAGACAUUUGCAUGAAUGACAGGGUGAAGAGUUUUGGUGUAAAUCAAAUUGAUAAAAAAAAAAAAAAAAUGUUUUGACAUACAGUUUUCAGUCACUGCCUAGUUUGGUGAGCUGAAUAUAGCUUCAGUGAGUUAUGGGGUUAUGAACAAGCAUAUAUGUCCGAAAAUAUGUUCACAGAUGCACACGUGUACACAACACGUUUUUUCCCAUGCAUGUGUGUGAGUGUGUGAGUGCGUAUGAAAACAAAAAGAUAAAAUGUGAUACCUAUUUUGCUUGUUAUGUUUGCUAAUUCCUCUGAACCAUUUCCAUAAACCGACAUGCCCUUAGACUCAGCCUCCACCCCCCACCCCCACCCACCCACACUUAGGAUGCAAACACAGGCUAAUCCUUAACCUCUCACACUCCGUCUGUACUAAACCACAUAUCACUGUAUUAUACCGAGCCAUACCUUGUACCUUGAGAAUUUUAUCGCUUUUCUCUUGGUCUUUGUAUCUACUGCUGUUGCUUCUCUGUAAACAAUCACAACUUUUUAUGUCUCUUGGUUUUUUUUACCAUAAGGAGAUGAAAGUUAAUAUUUUAAUUUUGAUUUAGUGGUGUCUUGUACACUGGUACCACAGCGGAUAUUCCUUUGCAUUAUUGAAACUAUAAAUCAACCUUUUUUUUUUUACAGCAUAUCAUCUGUUUUUUUGAUCGAUCACCUUCACAAAACCAGUUCCCGUUCAUGUAAAGACCACCCUCUCGAAUUCCCUUAAAAGAAUGGUUCCCCUCAAACAUUUUUUUUUUUUUUUUUUCCUCCUCAGAGAAUGGUUUCCCCACAGAGCAUUGCUUCCCCUUAGAUCCCCCCCCCCCCCCCCCCACACACACACAGAGAAUUAUUCGCCCCUCAGAGCAUUUUUGUGUUUUCUGAAGCCUCCUCGUCCUCCUGAAGACGUGUGCCUCUGAGAAUGUAUGCGUCGUGGCCCCUUAACCCUCACCGCCAGUGACUCUGCUCAAAACCUCCAUUUUUCACACAUAUGCCUUGAUAUUCCCUCGUUCACUGCAUCUCGAGACCAACAUUUUACAUAAUGGUGUCCUUGUCGAUAUUCCUUCACACCUUUUUUGGAACUUCUUUGAAAGUGGCAAUCCCUGUAGCUCAGUCCACCAGUUAUCUAAUCCUUGUAUAAAGCACAGUUAACGAUGUAGAUACUUUCUGAGCCAGUUCUUAAACAAGCUUUCACUUCAUUUCCUUUCCUUGUUAGUUUAUCUUUGUUUUAUUGUUAAUUCUUUUGUUUUUAUUCUUUAUUGUUUCGCGUCGCUGGCCACUUUACUCUUUGUCUUGAGACUUAUACUGUUUAUUUUAUGAGUGAUUAAUGAGUUACUUAAAGAUCUAUUUCAUCUAUUAGGUAAUGAUUUUAUAGCACACCUUGAAGUAAGAACACUAUAUAAUCGACUAAGAACUUCAAUUGGAUUAAUUGAUUAAGCAAUUAGCAGGGUUUUGUUUUGAUGUUUUUAGUUUCAAAGAAUAUUUCCCAAUUUCUGGAGCCCUCGAAGCUUGACCGUGCUGGAAGCGGCGGCAGCGAGAUCCCCUGUUGAGAAAUCGGUUCAUUAACGUGAAUUGUGUUUAUCAGAGUAAUAUGAGAUUAGACAUUAUACUCUCUUUGCAGUUUUUUUCUUCUUAUCUUUUUUUUUUUUCAUUUAGGCUUUUUCUUUUGAUUGGCGAUUUACUCUACUAUAAAAAAAUCUCUUUCAAGAACUGACGCCCUGAUAAAGAAACCCGGAAUUGUCGCGUAAAUAGUCAAGGCGAGUAAUCUUUUUUUACAUUAAAAUGGACAUGUAUUGUACAUAUACAUUUAUGUUCAGUAUGAGCUGAAAUAAAUUUUGAUAGCCCA